AGAAAUGAUCAGGUUACACCUGUUUAGGUUACAUACUGCCUAGGAAACCGCUGGAGCUCUUUCUCAAGACUAGGGGCCAUAAAACUCUGUUUCUGAGGAAAUUAAACAUUAAUUUUAAUGGUACCAGAAAAAAACUGCUGUGUUCUCUGACAACCAUCUGCUGCUGUACAGUACAGACAAAAGUGGUAGGAUCAAGACAGAAUGGUCAAAGAUUGACUGUCUACCUGGCAAAUAAACAAGUGGUAAUGAUAAUGGUGGUGGUGGGGAGAGAAGUAAGAACAGGAGUAAGAACAGCUGGCAGUAACAGUGUGCCUCACCCUUCGUGAAUUAGUUACAAUGAGCUGGGGACUUCUACGAGAUAUUCUAAGUGGAGUGAAUAAAUAUUCAACUGGAAUUGGCAGAAUCUGGCUGGCUAUUGUGUUCAUAUUCCGUCUGCUUGUCUAUGUUGUGGCAGCUGAACAUGUUUGGAAGGAUGAACAGAAGGAGUUUGAAUGUAACAUUAGGCAACCUGGCUGUGAAAAUGUAUGUUUUGAUCAUUUCUUCCCAGUUUCACAGAUCAGGCUUUGGGCCUUGCAACUGAUUAUGGUCUCCACGCCAUCACUUCUUGUUGUGCUCCAUGUUGCUUAUCGAGAGAGCAGGGAAAAGAGACACAGGACAAAGCUGUAUAAAGACCCAGGAAGUAUGGAUGGUGGAUUGCUCUGUACUUAUCUCAUCAGCCUUCUUUCCAAAACAGGAUUUGAAAUUGGUUUUCUCUUUUUGUUUUACAAGCUGUAUGGUGGAUUCAAUGUUCCCCGUCUUGUGAAAUGUGACAUGAGCCCAUGUCCCAAUACUGUUGAUUGCUAUAUAUCCAAACCCACAGAGAAGAAGGUCUUUUUGUAUAUUGUGGUGGUGACAUCAUCUUUAUGCAUAGUCUUAAAUGUCAUUGAGUUCAGCUAUUUGAUUUUCAAGUAUUCCAUCAAAUGCUGUUUGAGGAGUUACAUCAAGAAAGCUCGAGACUCCAAACAUGAUCACAAAAAGCUGAAUUCUAUAGAUAACAAUGGAUCAACAUCAUUUUUUGGCAAUGACUCAACCACUGUCUUCAGUUUCCAUGAAACAGACAAAACAAACAGACAAAACGAAACCCCUGCCCACCAGCCAAUAUGAAGAAUAAAAGGACACAAUAAAUGAAAUGCAUUUUAAUGACUUUAGAAAAUCUUAAGACAGCUUGAGGUUUUUAACCGUAGGCUGUGUGUUUGUAUUUCUCCAAACACAGGAAAUUAUUUAAAGUAUACCAUGUUUGAUUAACAAGGAUGUAAAAACUGAUGUUUCCCUUAAGCUGAUGUAUCAACAUUCAUGUUUAUGCUGAGCUUAUUAUACAGUUUAAAUACUUAAAAUAUUUUGACAUAAUUAAAAAACAAAUGUACUGUCCUGAAGAUGCUUCAGGCUAAUGAGAAGAGACAAGACAGUACCCUUUGAACCACCUUGCUACUGUUUGUCAUAAAAGGUGAGAAUCUUAUUUGCUACUUAUGAAGUAAGUACAAUGAUGUAAACUGCAGUGGCAAAUUGGCACUGGUAGAGAUGGGUAUGACUCAGUUUGUUCCACUUUGUACACAGGUGCUGUGUGGAAACUUCCCCCGCUCCAUUCCCAGCUGGCUGGCCCACUCACAAUUUGUUGUGUGCCGCUAGGGUCCUCCUUCUCUGGCUGUGCUCCAGUGUGAGCAGGAGCUUGGGAGUCCUCCUCCACUAAAUGGUUGGCUGCUGGAGGAGGCAGGAAAGGGCAGCCUGAGCUCCUGCCCAGACUGGAGUGCUGCCAGAAGAGGAGGACCCUGGC